ACAGCUGAACGAGUGAGGAGGGAGACCAACCGGGGGGGGCGAGAUAGAGAAAAACUGAGGGACAUUCCAAAACACAACACAAAUACACUUUAACGAGUUCAGGUUUAAAACAACGACGACGGCAACGAAGGGGGGUUAGCUAGCUAUCUAGCUUGCAGAAAGGAAGCCUGGGCAAGCGUAGACGGGCUUGCUUGCAUUCGUUUUUAUUUGUCUAUAACAGGCCCAGGAGAAAAGAAAUCUGAAGUGAACGACCAGUCAGCGGCGCCGUACAACAUAAACACAGCAGAAUCCGGUCUGCAAUCGGCGCUGAGCGGUAUUUGUUGAUGAUUCUAAGCAUUGGGUGGUCGGUGCACCUUGUUCCUCGCUAAUACUAGUGCAACGUGCCGUUAAUGUGUAAUAAUAACAAUAUAACGGAAUAUGCGGCUGCCUCCCACCGCCCAGUUAUUUGGCUGCCUGCGGCUUAAGUCUCCUGGUGGUUUUGAAAUCUUUCAACGCAUUUAAUUUAUGUAAAUAUCACAGUGCUAUCGUAGGUUAUUAAAGACUCUAGUACUAGGGGGAUAGGAACACAUAAUUAUACGCGUUAUGUAAUUAUAUGUAUUAUUGAUGCUUAUGAAUAUAAUUGAAGACACGCUUAUUUUGUAUUUCAAAUAUUAAUAAAGAUCAAACAUGGGGUUUCUUCACCAGCUGCACAUCCUACUGUGGAAGAAUGUGUCGUUGAAGCGAAGGGGUCCGUGGGUCCUGGCCUUUGAGAUUUUCAUCCCUCUUGUGCUCUUCUUCAUCCUGCUCGGGCUGCGGCUGAAGAAACCCUCCAUCCCUGUGAAGGAAGCCUUCUACACGGCUGCUCCUCUGACCUCGGCGGGGAUCAUUCCCAUCAUGCAGUCGCUGUGUCCUGAUGGGCAGCGGGAUGAGUUUGGCUUCCUGCAGUACAGUAACUCCACGGUGACACAGCUGUUGGAUCGGAUUAACGAGGUGGUUGAGCAGAAUAACCUGUUUGACCCGGACCGACCCGGGUUAGAGGAGGAGCUGGAAUCACUGCGCCACCACCUGGAGAGUCUAAGUACUGAGCCCAGCUCCCUGGAGAACCACUUAAACAACAGCCAUGCAGGCUUCACUCUGGGUUCGGUUCUGAAGGACCGGGAUGGGUUUCAGCAGUUCCUCUCCCGGAACCUCUCUCUCCCUAAUGACACGGCCACACUCCUGCUCUCCUCCAGCGUUGAUCUCAAAGAGGUGUAUCGUCUGUUCUUCGGCUCGUACCCAAGUUCACGUGGUGUGGACAGUGUGUUGGACAGCGAGGCAUGGGAAGGGUACGGACCGGGAGAGAAGAUGCUGCAGCUGGAGGAGCACCUGCUUGGAGGCUGGAGGAACCUGGAGGAGGGGCUGAUCCACAAGGCUCUGAGCGACCCAGAGAAAAUUGCUCACAGGCAGGCUCUGCUUCGCCUCCUCACCCAGGCUCUAGGUCUGUCAGGGGCUGCAGCGUUCGGGCAAGGCUACGAUACACAGGGCUUGAAAGAGAUGGAGAACAUCCUGCUGACCGCUGGCGUCCUGGAAUUGCUGACGUGCGGCAACGAUGGAAGAGGGGGCGGGGAGAGCGAGCUGCGACGAAUCCUGCUGGUCCCAGAGAGCCAACAGGCACGCCUCCAGGCCUAUCGCAGCGCAGUUUGCAGUGGAGGGGCGGGGCCACGGGUGCAGAGGUUUUCCGAGCUGGCCAGGGAGCUGAGAGAGCAGAUCGACACUCAGAGAGUCAUCAGCAAGCUGAAGCUGCAGGAGGUGAACAGCACAGCGGUCCAGCGCCACCUGGGGGCCCUGCUGCAGGACCUGUCAGAGGUGGAGAGGAUCCUGCGUGAUGUGGACGUCCUCUCCGCUCUCGCCAAGCUGCUGCCCAAGGGGGCGUGUGCCGGCAAGCAAGCCCCGCCCCCUGCCAACACCACAGCCUGGAGCGCCAACACCACGGUCACCGCGACGACAGGCUGGAGCAACUCGAGCGAGGGGGGCAACAACGACGGGGGGCCAGGCAGUGCCAAGGAAGAAGAAACCCCCCCCUCCCAGUUCUCAGCUUUCGUUCAGCUGUGGGCCGGCCUGCAGCCCAUUCUCUGUGGCAACAACAGGAUCAUCGAACCUGAAGCACUCAAGCAGGGCAACAUGAGCUCUCUGGGCUUCACCAGCAAGGAGCAGCGGAACCUGGGUCUCCUCGUCCAUCUCAUGACCACCAACCCAAAGAUCCUGUACUCCCCGGUGGGCUCCGAGGCUGACAAGGUCAUCCAGAAGGCUAACGAGACAUUUGCAUUCGUGGGCAACGUGACUCACUAUGCCAGGGUGUGGCUCAACAUCUCGGCCGAGAUCAGGACGUUCCUGGAGGAAAGGAAACUGCAGAACAGGAUACUGUGGCUACAACAGUUCACCUCUGACCUCCGCAAGCACCCGGAGCUACUGAAUGCCUCGGACAAUGACAUCAUCAGGAGUCUGAUUGACAGCAACUUCACCAUGCCCAACUCCAGCACCCUCCUGCAGCAGCUGGACACCAUUGACAACGCGGCCUGCGGCUGGAUCCAGUUCAUGUCCAAGGUGAGCGUGGAUGUCUUCAAGGGCUUCCCCAAUGAGGACAGCAUCGUUAAUUACACCCUGAACCAGGCCUACCACGACAACGUGUCUGUCUUUGCCAGUGUGAUCUUCCACACUAAUCCGGACGGCUCCCUGCCUCCCCACGUCAUGUACAAGAUUCGUCAGAACUCAAGCUUCACGGAGAAAACCAACGAGAUCCGCCGUGCCUACUGGAGACCGGGCCCCAACACAGGCGGACGGUUCUACUUCCUGUACGGCUUCGUCUGGAUACAAGACAUGAUGGAGCGAGCUAUCAUCAACACCUUCGUGGGACAUGACGUGGUGGAGCCGGGGAACUACGUGCAGAUGUUCCCCUACCCUUGCUACACCCGAGAUGAUUUCCUCUUUGUGAUCGAGCACAUGAUGCCCCUGUGCAUGAUGAUCUCCUGGGUCUACUCCGUGGCCAUGAUGAUCCAGCACAUUGUGGCUGAGAAGGAGCAUCGCCUCAAAGAGGUGAUGAAGAUGAUGGGGUUGAACAACGCUGUGCACUGGGUGGCCUGGUUCAUCACUGGCUUCGUCCAGCUCUCCAUCUCCGUCACCGCGCUCACUGCCAUCCUCAAAUACGGCAAGGUGCUGAUGCACAGCGACCCCUUCAUCAUCUGGCUCUUCCUCAGCAUCUACGCCGUGGCAACCAUCAUGUUCUGUUUCCUGGUCUCUGUUCUCUACUCGAAGGCCAAGCUGGCGUCUGCGUGCGGCGGGAUCAUCUACUUCCUGAGCUACGUGCCGUACAUGUACGUGGCGAUCCGGGAGGAGGUGGCCCACGACAAGAUCACCGCCUUCGAGAAGUGUAUCGCGUCCCUCAUGUCCACGACCGCCUUCGGCCUGGGCUCCAAGUACUUUGCACUGUACGAGGUGGCUGGGGUUGGCAUCCAGUGGCACACCAUCCACCAGUCUCCAGUGGAGGGUGACGACUUCAAUCUGCUGCUGUCCAUGAUGAUGCUGAUCAUCGACGCCACUGUGUAUGGAGUGCUCACCUGGUACAUCGAGGCCGUCCACCCAGGCAUGUACGGCCUGCCACGGCCCUGGUACUUCCCCCUGCAGAAGUCCUACUGGUUGGGCAGCGGGCGUGUGGAGACCUGGGAGUGGGUGUGGCCAUGGUCUCGUAGCACUAGGUUAAGUGUGAUGGAGGAGGACCAGGCCUGUGCCAUGGAGCACCGGCGCACAGAGGAGACCCGAGGGGUUGAGGAGGAACCCAGUCACCUGCCCCUGGUCGUGUGCAUCGACAAGCUGACCAAAGUGUACAAGAUGGGCAAGAAGCUGGCGCUCAACAAGCUGAGCCUGAACCUGCACGAGAACCAGGUGGUGUCCUUCCUGGGUCACAACGGGGCGGGCAAGACCACCACCAUGUCCAUCCUGACCGGACUGUUCCCCCCUACUUCUGGCUCGGCCACUAUCUACGGGCACGACAUCCGUACGGAGAUGGACAAGAUCCGCAAGAACCUGGGCAUGUGUCCACAGCACAAUGUGCUCUUUGACAGGCUGAGCGUGGAGGAACACCUCUGGUUCUACUCGCAGCUCAAGGGCAUGGCGGAGGAGGAGAUCCGCAAGGAAAUGAACAAGAUGAUUGAGGACCUGGAACUCUCUAACAAGCGGCACUCCCUGGUGCAGACGCUGUCAGGGGGGAUGAAGAGGAAGCUCUCUGUGGCCAUCGCCUUCGUGGGUGGCUCCCGCGCCGUCAUCCUGGAUGAGCCCACAGCCGGGGUCGACCCCUACGCACGGCGAGCUAUCUGGGACCUUAUCCUCAAAUACAAGCAGGGGCGCACCAUCCUGCUCUCCACUCACCACAUGGAUGAGGCGGACUUGCUGGGUGACCGCAUCGCCAUCAUCUCUCAUGGGAAGCUCAAGUGCUGCGGCUCCCCUCUCUUCCUCAAGAGCACCUACGGAGACGGCUACAAGCUGACCGUAGUCAAGAAGCAGAGCGACUCCAGCAACCCAGCUCUAGGCCAGCCUCUCGGCACCCAGCCUCCCUCUUCCUCCUCCUCUCUCAGCCCAUGCUCGGAGGUCCGGGUCACCCAGUUCAUUAAGAAGUACGUGGCUUCAUGUCUGCUCGUCUCCGACUCCAACAGUGAGCUGUCCUACGUGCUGCCCUCAGAGGCUGCCAAGAAGGGCUGCUUUGAGAGGCUUUUCCAGGCCCUGGAGCAGAACCUGAACAGCCUGGCCCUCACCAGCUUCGGGCUGAGGGACACCACGCUGGAGGAGGUCUUCCUCAAAGUGUCCGAGGAGGACCAGUCCCUGGAGAACAGCGACGCUGACCUGAAGGAGUCUCCUCGCGAAGGGAAAGCUGCCAUGCAGUGUGCAGAUCCGCCAGCGGAGGGUGCUGAGAAGCCGGAGGUGGAGCUCAGUAACCUGGUGAAGUGUUCGCAGCUCAGUCACUCCCAGGGCUCGCUGCGCUCCGUCUCCUCCUCAGCCGGGUCUGUGCGCGGGGAUGAGGGCGGGCUCUACUCCGAGUUCUACGGGGAUUACUGUCCGCUCUUCGACGCCAACGAUGACCCAGACAACGUCAGCUUGCGAGCGGAGCCCGAAUCAGACCCAGAGGUGCCAGUGCUGGAGGGCCAGGGCAGUUUCAAGCUGGAGGGUUCCUGGUUGAAGCUGCGUCAGUUCCACGGGCUCAUCGUCAAGCGCUUCCACUGCGCCAAGCGCAACACCAAGGGACUGUUCUCCCAGAUCCUGCUGCCGGCCUUUUUCGUGUGCGUCGCCAUGACUGUGGCGCUCUCCGUGCCAGAGAUAGGUGACCUGCCCCCUCUGAUCCUGUCUCCCUCACAGUACCACAACUACACCCAGCCCAAAGGCAACUUCAUCCCCUACGCCAAUGAGGACCGUGUCGAGUACAGGAGUAGGCUUUCCCACGAUGCCAGCCCCCAGCAGAUUGCCAACACACUGCGCCUGCCCUCGGGGGUGGGAAGCACCUGCGUCCUCAAGACCCCCUUCAACAGCACGCUGGACCAGCUGGCACAGACCCUCAACCUCAACUCCAACGAGUCCAAGAUGCUGGCAGCCCAGUACUUCGACUCCAUGUGCCUGGACUCCUUCACCCAGGGCGUGCCCCUGUCCAACUUCGUCCCCCUUCCACCCUCCCCUGCGCCCUCCGAAUACCCAGAGUCCAGCUUCGAGGAGGGGCUGCGGGCAUGGAACCUCACCACCACCCCCACCACAGUCAAGGAAGCGGUGACCUCCACCCCGCCCCUGCCCCACACUAUCCACGAGCCUGUACGAUGCACCUGCUCAAUGCAGGGCACUGGCUUCUCCUGCCCCAGCGGGGUCGGGGGACACCCCCCCCAGAUGAAGGUGGUGACCGGGGACAUCCUGGUGGACAUCGCGGGGCGCAACUUCUCAGAGUACCUGCUCUACACCUCCGACCGUCUGCGCCUGCAUAGGUACGGUGCACUGACCUUCGGCAACAUCCAGAAAUCCAUCCCAGCAUCGUUUGGGGUCCAGACUCCAAUGGUGCGGAAGAUCGCAGUCCGGAGAGCUGCGCAGGUGUUCUAUAACAACAAAGGGUAUCACAGCAUGCCCACCUACCUGAACGCUCUGAACAACGCCAUCCUGCGAGCCAACCUGCCCAAGAGCAAGGGGAACCCGGCUGCCUACGGCAUCACCGUGACCAACCACCCGAUGAACCGGACCAGCGCCAGCCUGUCCCUCGACUACCUGCUGCAGGGCACAGACGUGGUCAUCGCUAUCUUCAUCAUCGUGGCCAUGUCCUUCGUCCCGGCCAGCUUCGUGGUCUUCCUGGUGGCAGAGAAGUCCACCAAAGCCAAGCACCUGCAGUUUGUGAGCGGGUGUGACCCCGUCAUCUACUGGCUGGCCAACUACGUGUGGGACAUGCUGAACUACCUGGUCCCAGCCACCUGCUGUGUGCUGAUCCUCUUUGUGUUCGACCUGCCCGCCUACACUUCCCCCACCAACUUCCCAGCGGUCCUCUCGCUCUUCCUGCUCUACGGGUGGUCAAUCACGCCCAUCAUGUACCCCGCCUCGUUCUGGUUCGAGGUGCCCAGCACAGCCUACGUCUUCCUCAUCGUUAUCAACCUCUUCAUCGGCAUCACCGCCACCGUCGCAACCUUCCUGCUGCAGCUCUUCGAGCACGACAAGGAUCUGAAGCUAGUGAACAGCUAUCUCAAGUCGUGUUUCCUGAUCUUCCCCAACUACAACCUGGGUCACGGGCUGAUGGAAAUGGCUUACAACGAGUACAUCAACGAGUACUACGCCAAGAUCGGCCAGUUUGACAAGAUGAAGUCACCCUUCGAGUGGGACAUCGUGACGCGGGGUCUGGUCGCCAUGACGAUCGAGGGCUUUGUCGGAUUCUUCAUCACCAUCAUGUGCCAGUACAACUUCCUGAGGAAGCCACAGCGGCUUCCGGUGUCUAGUAAGCCGAUCGAUGAUGACGACGUGGACGUGGCGUGUGAGAGGCGGAGAGUGCUGCGGGGCGACGCUGACAACGACAUGCUGAAGAUCGAGAACCUCACCAAGGUAUACAAGUCCCGGAAGAUGGGGCGCAUCCUGGCGGUGGACCGGCUGUGUGUGGGGGUGCGGCCAGGGGAGUGCUUCGGUCUGCUGGGGGUCAACGGGGCUGGCAAGACCACCACCUUCAAGAUGCUGACCGGCGAUGAGAGCACCACAGGGGGAGAAGCCUUCAUCAGUGGGAGGAGUAUCCUGCGCGACUUGUUGAAAGUGCAGCAGAGUCUGGGGUACUGCCCGCAGUUCGACGCCCUGUUUGAGGACCUGACUGCCCGGGAGCACCUCGAGCUCUACACCCGUCUGCGCGGCGUGCCCUGGAAGGAUGAGGAGAGGGUGGUGAAAUGGGCUCUGGACAAGCUAGAACUGACAAAGUACGCAGACAAACCGGUCGGGACGUACAGCGGGGGCAACAAGAGGAAGCUGUCGACCGCCAUCGCCCUCAUCGGAUACCCCUCCCUCAUCUACCUGGACGAACCGACCACAGGCAUGGACCCCAAAGCCCGGCGCUUCCUGUGGAACCUGAUCCUUGACAUCAUCAAAACGGGACGCUCUGUAGUGCUGACAUCACACAGCAUGGAGGAGUGUGAGGCUCUCUGCACCAGGCUGGCUAUCAUGGUCAACGGACACUUCAAAUGCCUGGGAAGCAUUCAGCACCUGAAAAACAGGUUUGGGGAUGGCUACAUGAUCACGGUGCGCACCAAGUCCAGCCUCAACGUCAAGGAGGUGGUGCGAUUCUUCAACAGGAACUUCCCGGAGGCCAUUCUCAAGGAGCGCCACCACACCAAGGUGCAGUACCAGCUCAAGUCCGACCACAUCUCCCUGGCACAGGUCUUCAGUAAGAUGGAGCAGGUGGUGGAGGUGCUGGGCAUUGAGGAUUACUCUGUGAGCCAGACCACCCUGGACAACGUGUUUGUGAACUUCGCAAAGAAGCAGAGUGAUAACCUGGAGCAGCAGGAGAGCACCCCCCUUGGAGGGAACGGCCAGUCUCCCCUGAAGCGAGUCCUGAAUCUGCUGCGACCGCGAGCCACCAACACAGAGCUGCGGGCACUGGUGGUGGAGCCGGAGCCAGAGGAGCUGGAGAGUGACGAUGAGGGGCUCAUCAGCUUCGAGGAGGAGAGGGCUCAGCUGUCAUUCAACACGGACACUCUGUGCUGAGAGCAACAUAAGGGACCGGGAUAGCCAUCUUCUGGAAUGAAACAAAGAGGAGGACACAGUCUUGCAGCUCGCUGGUCCCAGAGGGAGGAUGUUGUGCUGGAUUUAGAGAAGCUGCUGGCACUUUAAAGUCUUUUAAAACAUUUUUUUUUAAAAAAAAAAACAUUUGAAACUUUCUUUUAAACCACUCCCUUCAACUGAACCAAGCAACAUGACCCACUUGAAUGCUGCUUUAGACUGUGAAUGUUUGGGGUUUCUUUUGUUCGCAUUUCAUUGUUACUGCAGGACCUGUAUUUCAGACUCAUUUGUUGUCGGUUGCUGAAGGAAAAAGAUCCCUGUUGCUGCUGCUGUGGAUUGAUUUUCUUAAGUGAAGAGGGAGUAAUGUGUUGUAAAUAUGUGCUCUAUACGCCUUUCUCUACAGCUCAGCUCAGUCUGCUGGGCUGAUCCAGUCUUGUUUGGGGUCUGGGAGCUGUGCAGUGGUGGUGUCGUGCCCUGCCUUUGUAUGCAGUUGUCUUCACGUUCCGGGUUUAAUGCAGAAGCCCAGUUCAUAUCCGUCUUUCCCGUUUCCUGUUGAAUUAAUCCUAAAAACCAUGCUUCUCUUCCUCCCUGAGCUAAAAUCGAGCUUGCAAAUGAACCUGUUGUUUUGCUUAGUUUUAUAUAUCCUAACAGCCGUGUGCGCAGGCUGUAACUUAGCGAGGUAAUCAACCCUGUCAUUAUAUCAUUUACAGGCUGGAUUAACACCAGGCACUAAGCACCAGUCUUUCAACUCCCCCAAAUGUUCUCAAUGAGAAGGCUGCAGAGGCCGUUAAAAAUAAGUUAAUCCAAGUUAAUUGAGCAGACUGAACUGACUAAAUCCUUAUGUCUCCAUUUCAGUGUAACUGGAAUCCAUUCCUCAAAGACCUGUCAAAUAUGAGUGCAGUUCUUUUUUUCUUCCCCCAAACCCUUGAAAUGUAACACUUGAAAUGUAUUUGCUUACAAUUGUAAGUCGCCCUGGAUAAGGGCGUCUGCUAAAAAAUAAAUAAUAAUAAUAAUAAUAAUAAUAAUAAUAAUAAUAAUAAUAAUAAUAAUAACCCCCUUGUAAUGAAAAUAUGUUACUGUUGAACAUGACAACAGUAUGGAUCGUCAUCAGGUUGCACCCGUCACUAUAUAGCUGGGAUCUUCUUUUUGCCAGCUCCCACUGGAGUGAGUCAGGUUGUACCCUCAUCAGGGUGGACAGAUGACUCCCAGUUUUCAACAGUUUGAGCCGGUCCAUGUUUUUUUUUUUUUUGUAAGUGGAAACACGGUACCUCUCCCUCUAGAGAGUAAUUUUGUCUCUUCAGCUCGCCGUGAAACCUGGAUUGACUGUGGCGCGGAGGGAGGGUUUUUCUUGUUCUGUGCAUUUUAUUGGGAAUGGCAAGGAUGUGAUUUGUGAGGUGUGCAGUACAGUGCUGAAAUUCUAACAGUUUACAGUCAUUUCAACAGAAUAACCUGCGUUGGGUGUGAAAUGUAGGUGGCCCCGCUGUUCGUUUUUGUUUUUCUCUGGGCUUUGUUCGGAGAUCAAAGUAAAUCCUUUUUUAAUGGGAUUAACAGGCCGCACCUUUGUACCCGACUGCCGUUUUGAGGUUUAGUUUUCUUUUAGCUUUGCCUGCUGGGAAUGGGGCUGCAUUCAAGAUCAGUGAUUGUCCGUCAGUGCUGUUGCUGGGAUACCAUCACUAGCAGACACCAUGUCACUCUGCUCAGCCAUGAGCAUGUAACUUGUAACCCAAGUUCUAUUCGUUAACGGAGACUGGAACGAAUAAAAUCGGGGAAUAAGUGAUUCCGUUGACGAUAAGAGAAACAAAUGGAACAGAAUUCAGAAAAAGAAACAAAAAAGGGGGUCUUUAAAACCAACAUUUAAAUAAUCCAAAUGUGUUUUCAGCUGCUUGCAAGAAAUAGGAGUAAGAAAUCAUCUUUAAAACUAAAGCUGAAAUAGAAACUGAAACACAUUUAAUAGUAAAACUGAAACUAAAUGUGAGCUUAAACAAAAUCUGAAAUAUCUCAACUGAAGUAAUGUUGCUUGUGACUGGUGCUGAUGGCUAUCGAACGAUCAGAUCUGUUUAUACUCUGAUGGGGAAUGUUCCAAUUCUGAAUGGUGCCCAACGUAUUUACUUACUGCCAAUUUGCUGAGACAGCGAGAUAACAUAAUAGAGGAGAUAUUUGUUUUUUUUAUAUAACCCUAACGUUAUGUCUAAUAAUGAAGCUGUUGAGCCUGAAUAGUUAUUUUCUAGUAAAUAUAACCAGUGUCUGUGCUGUUUUUAUCCAUGCGUGGCUUGCACUCCGCUCCUAUUUACUGGCUACCCAAAGGAGGGAGGCUGUUAAAAGGAGCAUGUCUGGAAUGUCUAUGGUACUUAUUCCAUUUUUAACUUAUUGUAAAUGUACAUCUAUGAAAGAAAACAUAAAAAUCAGAAGUAGAAAAAGAACAUUAUUUUGCAAGUAAUGGAUUUCUAUUUUCAUUGUAAAAUGUAUAAAUUUGUAAAAACUAUUUUGUUGUAAAUGAUCGACCCGUUGUCAAUGUUGUAACGUUCCAUCCCGCAGCCGAUUUUAUCACGUGCCCCCCGUCUGACCUUUCGGUUUUCACCUUUUGUCCUCCUUGUGCUAAUUAAUGGACCAGUCAACCCUUCAGAUUUUAACCCCAGCACUCACCCAGUUGAUUGCUGGCCUGUCUCCUCCUGUAAAUUGGAAUUGUUUCUGCUCAUGACAAUACAAAUACCCAGACGGGGUCGUGUUUUAAGGAUAUUAACUUCUUCUUUAAGUCCCAUUCAAAUAACACAACAAAACUAAGAA